GGAGUUCAGGUAGGUGUGUGAACAGUGAACAGUUACAGAUCCCCCGGGGAAGAGACAGGAAACAAUAGUGCCCUUUGGAACAGCCAUGACUCAUGCUUGAAGGACUAUCUUUCAUAAGAGAAAGUUCAGAGUCCCUUUAAAGGACACCUGAGACAGGCGCAACUCACCCAGGACCACCAAAGCGCUUAUCUCAGCUAUGCCAGAUGCAUGAAGUGGCACCAACGCUGGCAGCUUAACCACCGCUGCACUGCCUCAUCUCCAUAAUCUCCUCCUUCUCUCAGUAUCCAAUUUCCUUCAGCCCUCCACCACAUCUCACAUGUAGUCUUUCCCCACAACACCCACACAAACACAGGCACACACAUUCCUUCUUCAUUCUCCCUCUCAGACACACACGCACACGCACACAGACACACGCGCGCACCCCUCCUGCCUGGGGAUUUGAAGAUGUGACUGAGGCUGGUUUGUAAUCAGAUGAAAAACGAGUAUAAUCCCGAAGCUCCCUCCAUCUUUUACACUGCUGGAGUGGGGAUGCUGAAGGAGAGGACAAGGGCCAGGAUGGGUCACGUGUGACGGAGAGAUCUGUGCCGACGGAUCCUUUAUAAGGACCUGGACUGAUGCUGCACUCUUAGGAGACUGGGAUGACCGCAGAGAUCACAGAAGAGACAGUGGACGGGUAAAGACGGGGAGAGGACAUCAAAGAGAGCUUCAUCUGUGACUGGCACACAAGAUCCAGAAGAUAUCCAAUGGCAGAGGCUGGGCAAACUGUGUCACACUGUGGCACAAUCCCUUCAGACCCUGUUAUCACAGCUGAGUACAGUUCAGCAGAGGUGAAGCCUGAAGAUGUACCCCUGAAGAGCUCCAAUGAAGCAAUAUACUUCCCAAAAGACCUCAACAGCAGCCAGAUUGAUCAACACGAUACAAGUGGUCCCUGUAUUUCUGAGACCCACGUGUCUGAUGGUGUGUGUUUACAGUCAGUGAGCCAUCAGAAUAAAGACACAUGUAGGUGUUCACUGACAGUGCACAGGGAACAUGUCUUAUCUCCUCCCAAGGUCCUACAAGACCACAGUCUCUUAUCAAUGCAAAGAAGCCACUCAGACAGCUUGCAGAUUUUUAAAGAGACCACAGCUUCUCCUCUCUACUGUGAAACGGGUGUUUCUUUUUGCCAUGGACGAAACCAGGAUGUCUGUGCGCGGUCGUUUCCUUCUUUAGUGUGUAAACAGGCCAUGCCGCUUCAGCAGAACAAUACUAUGACCACGUCCACUAGAGCAGGAAGUAGCAGGUCGGGCAGCCCAACUCAACCAGCCAAACAUGGCUUCAUUCACAUCUGUGAAGUCAUUCCAGAAGCCACCUGCCCCAAAUUCAAAGAAUCUGUUUGUUGUAAGUCACACUUCCACCAUGGAGCCAUCGAGGACACUUUUGCGGCAUACUGCCACCCGCAACCAAUUCCUGCCCCGGCCCAGCUGCUUCCACACUUGAUAGGAAUGGAGAAGUACAAGGGCCAAGUAUCAGCAGGCAACCUGCUCGCUCUUCCCCGGCUCAUCUCUUCUGUCAGCGAGACCGGACUGGACGGUAAGCGACUCCUCUGCUGCUGCAAUCCGGACUGCUCUUGGCCUGCUCCGUUGGGGCCAGCUGGCGCCCGACAGCAGAUGGAUGAAACGUCCAAGAGGGAAGCAGGGACCAUGACCACAGAAAAAGAGCUGAGAGAUGUGGGAGUGCAAGUAGGUCAGGACUCUGAGGAACAGCCCCAGCACGUGUUCCCAGAGGUUUGCCUGGUUGAGGAGAAGACGAAUGCGCGUGGCAAAGAGGCAUCAAAGAGUCAAAAGUCUCCUGUGAAAGAGGUGAAAUGGGAUGCGGAGGGCAUGACCUGGGAGGUAUAUGGAGCCUCGGUCGAUCCUGAGGAACUCGGCCUUGCAAUUCAGAAACAUCUAGAGGUACAGAUCAAAGAAACGAAGGGGAUAGCAGCAAAGCUCUCGCACCAGAACAUGGACACAUCCCAGCACAGCUCAGGAUUGACCCAGAGGAGAAAAAAGAGGUUGUUGGGGUUUCUGCACCACCCGGGCUGUUGUACUCGCACCACCGGUGCAGUGGACUAAAGGACACCAAAUAGACAAUUUAAAGGGGUCAUAAAAUGCUACAUGCACUUUUACAGGUUGUUUGAACUAAAAUGUGAGUUUGCAGUGUUUUUUUUUUUUUUUUUUUUUGCUUAAAUCAUUUCCCCUUUCUCAAAUCGAGUCUUUGUCACAUCACAAAAACAAGCCCCUCCCACGAUAGUUUGAUUGACAGUGGUGUUUCAGCACAGACUGGACUGGUGUCUCACCUCAGACCCGCCCAGAGUGAGCUGUCAUCAGUCCUCCAUUGUUUCACCGCUGGAGCAGAUGUAGACAAGAAUGACUCCUAAGAAACUGAGGUGUUCUGUUGUUGGAUGUAAUAAUGGACAUAGCAGUCGUCAUUUACGCAGUGGAUUUUGUUUGUUUCUGAAGGGAACGUGCCCUGAUCUGCCCAAAUGCAUCUAUGUUGGUGUGAAUCAGUCGUUAUCCAGCUUUAUCUAAAGAAGAAGUGAGUGUAAGGUUUUUACUGAAUCUUUGCAAAACACCUUUCCUAAUAAUGUGCUAGUUAGCAAGGUUCAGAAUGAAUGCACGGCUAAUCUAAACAGUCCCUCAGAGAGCCACUCAGAAGAGAGGGGUGGGGUCAGCAGAGCUUAUUUGCAUUUAAAGAAAAAUGCUAUAAACCUGCUGCUGUGAAAAGAGCUGUUUUUGAUUAUGACUAAGUUCCUGCCUUGCAUUAUUCUAUGUGGAAACGAAAACCGUUUCUUGUGCACGUUUUUCAGCACUGUGAAAGCACUUGUGAUGGAUGUAAGAGAAUACAGUAACUGUGGCGCUAUCUGCUGGUCAAAGCACGAUAGUAAAACAGAGGGUAUAAAAUCAUGUGUAAAUUCUUUUAAAAGUAAAACUAUUUACAUGACACUACGUUUCAAAAGGUUAGGGCUUUCCGAACUUAUUUCAAUAUGUGAUUUGGUGCUCAAUAAAUAUUUCUUAUAAAUAUCUAUGUUUAGAAAAA